GACAACAAAACAGCACUUCCGGUCGCGCAGAGCUCGGCAUGGUUACGCAUGUGACUAUUCACAUAAUACUCACGUAUAAUGCCGGAUUUAAUUAUAGACUUUUUCUAGAUAAACAUUAUUUGAGUAAAAUUAUUAGUGAUAAAUAAUGGAAAUUGAGGGCCGAGAUUUUCUCAACACUCCUCCGAAGAAAACUGUGCGUUUUGGAGGCACAGUUGCCAAUACAUUAGCGAAGCUACAAAAGGGCGACACGAGUGAUUAUGAACUGAUAAAACAUCAACUCUCAGAUCCUGAUAUUAAGGACGCUCAGAUUAUCAACUGGCUGCAGGAGUUCAGGAGCUGUGUUACUCAACUUGGCAAAGAUCAUGAGCAAUUGAUACAUGUUGUUUUGAAGCUGCCAUGGCUCGGUCGCAGUCAGGCUGUGGUGGAAGAAUAUCUGGCUUUUCUGAGUAACCUGGUGUCGGCCCAGACCGUUUAUCUCAGAGCCUGUCUCAGAAUGGUCGUCACUAAUUUUGCACCAAAGAGAAUACGAGUCCAAGAAGGAAAUGUGGCAUUUUCAGAUUCUGAUGAUGAAGAUGAAAAUCUGCCGAGGACAUUUGAUCAUUGUCAUCAAGCCUUACAGCUUAUUGCAAGAUAUGUUCCAUCAACCAGUCGAUUCCUGAUGCCGAUCCUUUCCGACAAGUUCCCUUUUGUGCAGAAAUCCUCCAGAACACUUGAGUGUUACGUGCACAACCUGUUGAGAGUUUCGGUCUACAUCCCUGACCUGAGGAGAGACAUCUUAGAGCUCAUCAUCAGCAAGAUGCUGACGCUAGAUGUUAGUGCACCACGAAGUGAGAUUGAAGAAGUGGAAAGCGGAGCUCAGCAAGAUGCUAAUGGAGCAGCACAGGAUGAAUGCCUCUUUGACAUGGAAGAGGAUAAGGAAGAGGAAGAGGAGGAUUCAUCGAGACCUGAUGGAGCUGUGAUGGUUCAUCCUGUCGCAGAGAGACUGGACACAAUGAUGUCUGUCCUGCUGGCUUACAUUAAGGACAUUUGCCAUGUCAAUGGCUCAUUAGAUCUUGAGAAAACCAAAGCUGUAUACAGAGACCUGAUGUGGGUGUUUGAUAAGGUGGUGCUCCCCACUCACGCCUCCUGUCACGUGCAGUACUACAUGUUCUACCUGUGCAGCUUCCGCCUGGGGUUGGCUGAAGCUUUUUUGGAUCACUUAUGGAAGAUGUUACAAGCCCCCAACCAGCCCUCCAUCCUGAGACAAGCAGCUGCUGGAUACAUGGGCAGCUUCUUGGCAAGAGCCAAGUUUUUGCCAGUAUCGACAGUCAAGGCCUGUCUGGACCUGCUGGUUCCCUGGUUGCACCUUUACAUUGACAGUCAGGACGCUGGAUCCAAAGCAUUCUGUGACGUCAAUCUGCACGGCCCUUUUUAUACAGCUUGCCAGGCUGUGUUUUACACACUCAUCUUCAGACACAAUGCCAUUCUGGAGGGCAAUAUGAAGAAAGGGUUGGCGUAUCUCCAGGGCUUGAAUCUGGAGCGUAUAGUGAUGUGCCAGCUCAACCCGCUGAGAGUCUGUCUACCUGCUGUCACCAACAUGUUUGCAGCUAUCACCAGGAAGUACCAGCUCGUCUUCUGUUACACCAUCAUUGAGCGAAACAACCGGAACCUGUUGCCAGUGGUGAGCUGUUCAACGGGCGGAAACUCGGUGUCCACUAACACAAACCCUCUGGAUACCUUCUUCCCUUUUGAUCCGUAUCUCCUGAAAAGCUCUGGAAAACUCAUUGAGCCAAUCUAUCAGGUGUGGGAGGAGCCGUCUGAUUGUAUGAUAGAUGUGCCCAAGAAGCAAGUGAUAACGGGGUCUAUGGAGGAGGAAGAUGACUUUCUGCAUGGAGAAACUCCUCAGGGUGAUUUGGUAGUGGGCAUGACUCCGGGCUCUUAUGACUCUCAUCUUCACAGUCCGCGGAGCGUUGGCUCGCCCCCGUUCUCCUUCCUGCAGCGGCCUUUCUGAUCCACUGCUGUAGCACUCAGCUGGUCACAGAUCACAUCAGGAGGGGGCGCUCAAGGACUGCUUGUGCUCUGACUGGAGCCCUUCACACACCAGCAUUACUGACCCUGUGUUUGGCAGUAGGUUUGCUGAACCCUCUACUUCACUUUAAGACUGCAUCAUAAAAUACCAAUAUGCGUUUAUUGCACACUUGUGCUAUAUUAAUAGUAAAAUGAAAGAAACAUUGGUGGCUUCACAAGUGGACAGUCUGAUGUAUUUUCUGUUUUCAGGACAAACUAUUAGUUUAUAACUAAAGUUUUAAUGAAAUUAUCACUGUGUUCUCAGAGUAAAUUGGAGUUGUUUUAUAUAUAUAUAUAUAAUUUUGUUUUUUUCAGUUUAUUCUGAAAUGAUUAGAAUUGGCUGGUGGUGUGUUUCAGGUGUCACUUCCCAUGUUAUGAGUUUGAGCUCUGACUAAGCCAGUGUCCGUUUGCACAAAAUAUUCUGUAGAAAAUUGACUUGCAGUGAAUACCUUCAUGUAAAGAUGGUUUUCUGUGUUAUUUGUUGAAAUUUUAACUGUUGUCGUCCUUGGCUUAUUCUGUACAAAUAUCAAACCUCCACAGUGAUUUGUACUCUUGCGCUACAGUUUUGAAUUCAACUUUUGAAAUUAACAUGAAGUAGUAAAAUGGUCUAGCUCUUUUAUUACAAUGUGGAAAAUAUGAUCUAAUGGUUGACUUAAUAAAAGAUGUUACUCUUAAAA